AUGCAAUUCUCCGCAAUCUUCGCUACCGUUCUGGCUGCGUCCGUCGCUACGGUCAGCGCUCAAUCCUCUGAGCCUGUCGUCACGCUCACUCCUUGCCCACCUGGUGCUACUCCCACCGGUGGCAACGGUGGUGUUCCAACUCCCCCUCCGUUCACUGGUGCUGCCAACUCUCUCCCAUUCCCUACCGCCGCUGCUGUCGCUGUCAUGGGUGUCGCCGCCUACUUUGCAUAG